CUCUACGAAGCUACUUAUUCAAAUGUUCCUGUAUAUGAACUUGCUGUGGGUGACAACUCCGUCAUGCGAAGACGUGAAGAUAGCUGGAUCAAUGCAACACACGUUCUCAAGGUUGCUGGAAUCGAAAAGGGCCGUAGAACAAAGAUUUUGGAAAAAGAAGUGCAUCAUGAGAUGCAUGAGAAGAUUCAAGGUGGAUAUGGAAAGUAUCAAGGAACUUGGAUUCCGUUGGAUCGUGCAAAGAUGUUGGCUGCCCAGUUUGGAGUAGAUGAUAUCAUUGCACCAAUUCUUGAUAUC